UUAGUCCUUUGCCUCUUUAGCUGUUGGGUUGUCUGUUUAGCUGUUGGCUUUUUAGCCGUUGGGAGUUAUUUCUUUGUUCUUCCCUUAUCUUCGGUUCGCAUGUUCUCCUGUUGAGGGAUUCAGUUUUUUGGCAAUCUCUUGCUAAAGUUUGGAAGAAUGGAACUUGUGUUAAAUGAAGACGUGAGCUUUGCAGUCAGAUCUAAAUCUCUGACUCUUAACAGGGACAACAAUGGACACCCAGAAGGACGUUCAACCCCCAAAGCAGCAGCCAAUGAUAUAUAUCUGUGGAGAAUGUCACACAGAAAAUGAAAUAAAAUCAAGGGAUCCAAUCCGUUGCAGAGAAUGUGGAUACAGAAUAAUGUACAAGAAAAGGACUAAAAGACUGGUGGUUUUUGAUGCUCGAUGAAACAUGAAAUUCAGAGGAAUGUCUUCAUUUGGAUUUGGAUUUGCUAUUAAUGUUGUCGUAUAGCUUUUGAUUAGUGUACUUUAUGAAUAUAACUAUAUACACAUGAUUUCAUUUUAAAAACCAUAUUGUAUUUAAGUAUCUAUUAAUAGCUUAUAUAAAGAUAUUUUUGUUCAGUUA